GAUAGAACAUAAUAACAAUCGGGAAUGAGUACAGUAAUAUUUUGGUUACAUUAGCAGGCAGACGAUGGGUUCUUCGAAUUAUGUUGGUUUUGCUCUGUUUCUUUCGGUCAUUGCUUUGAUUAGUCCUCUGUUUUACGCCGUGGAAGUCUCCCACGAUGGUCGGGCCAUUACCAUAGAUGGCGAACGCAGAAUCUUGCUCUCUGGUUCCAUUCACUAUCCCCGAAGCACUCCAGAGAUGUGGCCUGAUCUGAUCAAAAAAGCAAAGGAAGGUGGGCUCGAUGCAAUCGAGACGUAUGUAUUCUGGAAUGCCCAUGAGCCAGUUCGUCGUCGAUACGAUUUCAGUGGGAACAAUGAUCUCAUAAGAUUUCUCAAAACCAUUCAAUCUGAAGGUCUCUACGCUGUUCUCCGGAUUGGACCUUAUGUUUGUGCUGAAUGGAAUUACGGUGGAUUUCCUUUAUGGUUGCACAAUAUGCCUGGCAUUGAGCUUCGGACGGCGAACGAUGUUUUCAUGAAUGAGAUGCAAAAUUUCACGACCUUGAUCGUAGAUAUGGUUAAACAAGAGAAACUUUUUGCAUCACAAGGAGGGAACAUUAUUCUAGCUCAGAUUGAGAAUGAAUAUGGCAAUGUCAUGGCAUCGUACGGAGCUGCCGGAAAAGCAUACGUAGAUUGGUGUGCGAACAUGGCCGAAACGUUAGACGUCGGAGUUCCGUGGAUUAUGUGCCAACAAGAUGAUGCACCCCAGCCAAUGAUAAAUACGUGCAAUGGAUUUUAUUGUGAUUCAUUCACACCAAACAAUCCCAACAGCCCUAAGAUGUGGACUGAAAAUUGGACUGGAUGGUUUAAGAAUUGGGGUGGUAAAGAUCCACAUAGGGCUGCAGAGGAUGUUGCUUAUGCUGUUGCACGUUUUUUCCAGAGGGGGGGCACUUUCCAAAAUUACUACAUGUACCAUGGUGGGACUAAUUUUGGGAGAACGGCGGGCGGUCCAUACAUUACCACGUCAUAUGACUAUGAUGCUCCUAUCGACGAAUACGGCAAUUUGAAUCAACCUAAGUGGGGGCAUCUGAAGCAGCUUCAUGGUGUGCUGAAAUCAAUGGAAAGGACACUCACACAUGGGAACAUUACCAACACUGAUCAAGGGAAUGGCGUUUCGGUUACGAUCUAUGCCACUAAUGAAACAUCAAGUUGCUUCAUUGGUAAUACAAACACAACCGGUGAUGCCAUCGUCACAUUCCAAGAAAGCGAAUAUAGCGUACCUGCUUGGUCUGUCAGCAUUCUCCCUGACUGCAAAAAUGAAGCAUAUAACACAGCGAAGUUGAAUACGCAAACAAAUGUCAUGGUAAAAAGGGAAAACCAAGCAGAAAGUGAACCAGUUGCUCUGCGUUGGACAUGGAGGCCUGAGACCACUAAUGACACUGUUCAACUUGGAAAAGGUCACGUGGCAGCAAGUCAUUUGGUCGAUCAAAAAGUAAUUGACGACAUUUCGGAUUACCUAUGGUAUAUGACAAGCGUGAAUAUCAAAGAAGAUGACCCACUUUGGAGUGACGAUAUGUCAAUUAGAGUGAAUGGCACUGGUCAUAUGCUUCACGCUUACCUCAAUGGAGAAUACAUAGGUUCUCAUUGGGCGACAUAUGGAAUUUUCAACUACGUUUUCGAGAAGAAAGUGAAGUUGAAUCCUGGAAAAAACCAAAUCACAUUGCUAAGUGCUACUGUUGGAUUCCAGAACUAUGGUCCAAAAUUCGACAUGAUAGAAUCUGGAUUACCCGGUCCUGUUGAGUUAAUUGGGAGAAAGGGUGAUGAGAGCGUUAUUAAGGAUUUGUCAUCGCAUAAAUGGACAUACGAGGUUGGGUUGCAUGGUCUUGACAACAAGGUGUACAGUUUAGAUUCGCGAUAUGCGUCAAAAUGGCAAGCAGAGAAUCUCCCGAUCAACAGGAUGAUGACAUGGUACAAGACGACAUUCAAAGCUCCAUUGGGUACAGAUCCAGUGGCAUUGGAUUUGCAAGGCAUGGGAAAAGGUGAAGCUUGGGUCAAUGGCCAGAGUAUCGGCCGAUAUUGGCCAAGUUACUUGGCUGAAGAAGAUGGCUGUAGUACCGAGCCUUGUGAUUAUCGCGGUGAAUACGGCAGUAGCAAAUGUGUUUCGAACUGUGGGCAACCUACACAAAGAUGGUACCAUGUCCCUCGUUCUUUUAUGACCAACGACGUGAAUACAUUGGUAGUUUUCGAAGAAUUAGGAGGCAACCCAUCGCUUGUUAACUUCCAAACUGUCGCGGCCGGGACUAUUUGUGGAAAUGCCUAUGAGAACGAAGAUAUGGAAUUGUCAUGCCAAGGUCGCCCCAUUUCUGCUAUUAGUUUUGCAAGUUUUGGUGACCCGCAAGGAUCUUGUGGUUCAUUCUAUAAAGGCAGUUGUGAAGGAGGGAACGGCGCUUUGGACAUUGUGCGAAAGGCAUGUGUUGGGAAGGAGAACUGUUCAAUUCAAGCCUCCGAGGAUGUUUUUGGGUCCACAAAUUGCAGCAGUACGGCUAAGAGGCUCGCGGUGGAGGCUAUUUGUUGAUUUUUGUUACGAGAUAAUUAGUAGUAGUGCUUAGUGAAUACUACUAGUUUGAUAGGGAUACCGAGGAUUUUGGUUUUUC